CUGGAGGGCGGGCUUUACAUCAACACAUUCUGAAACUUGGCCGCGCAGCUGUUUGGUCCCGACUGACUGACUGACUGGCUACAGUGUGUUGACCAAAUAGGGGCUCGAACAACAACAUAUUCGUAAUGAUUUCUUCAGCGAUGUCCGGAGUUUUAGCAAGGCUGCUCUUCUACCCUACAUUAGCCUACAAUGUCAUCAUGGAGAAGGUGUCAUCGCGAAGGUGGUUUGACCGUGUGGACGAGACAGUACUUCUUGGAGCGCUGCCCUUCAGAUCCAUGACCAAACAGCUGGUAGAAGGUGAAAACGUCCGAGGAGUUAUCACAAUGAAUGAGAACUAUGAGACCAAAAUCUUCUGCAACUCUGCUGAGGAGUGGAAGGCUGUUGGAGUGGAGCAACUGAGGCUAAGCACAGUUGACCUAACCGGUGUUCCCAGUAUGGAGAACCUGCACAGGGGAGUUGAGUUUGCUAUGCAACACCGAGAGAAUGGAACAUGCGUAUACGUCCACUGCAAGGCUGGACGAUCCCGCAGUGCUACGCUGGCUGCUGCUUACCUCAUUCGGCUGCACCGUUGGACCCCUGAGGAGGCGUGUCAGAAGCUGGCAUCUGUCCGGCCUCACAUCCUUGUGCAUACUGCCCAGCUAAAGAUGCUGAGGAAAUUCUAUGGACAGGUGUGUGCCCAGUCCCAAUAGGAGUGUAGCAUCGCAUGAUGCACCCACUGCUGGACGGUUGUACCAUUUUGUACAGUCUUGCGGAAAGACAGCAGUUCUUAUUGUAGCUUUUAAUUUUUUUAUGAAGCAUUUUCAAAGUUUUAAUGGAUUGUUCACAUUUUUGUUGUAAAUUGAAUACAGUACAACUAGGAGUAAACAUGUAUUGGAAAAAUCCUACCUUGCGUGGUUUUUGGUUUGCGGUUUUGAACGAAUGUACCAUAUUUUGUAUUGUAAGGCACAGUAAUACAGUUUAUCAAAUUGCAUGUGAAUGCAAACUUUUUAAAAUACCUUGAGAAUUCAAUUUGUAUUUGGUUUUGUUUUACAAGCACCUCAGUGUGAUAAAUUUUUUCCCCUUCCACAUCCCCCUGUUUUUGUCUUUUAAGCUUUUUGCAGUAUUUCGUGAAUAAAAUAUUUAAACACUG